ACCUUCCUGAUCACUGUUUUCUGUAGGUAAAAUGAAAGUCAAGGAGGUGAACAGAACAGCAAACAUUGCAUGGAGUCCUGCUCCUCAGUAUCCUAUCUAUUUAGCAGCAGGAACAGCGGCUCAACAGCUUGAUGCUACCUUCAGUACCAAUGCUGCUCUUGAAAUUUUUGCUCUUGAUUUGUCAAGUGGUGAUACAGAGAUGCCACUUGCAGGAACUGUGGCUUCAGAACACAGGUUCCACAAACUGGUCUGGGGAUCACAUGGAAUGGAGUCCUCCAGUUCGUCAUCGGGACUUUUAAUUGGUGGUAGUGAUAAUGGUGUUAUUAGCAUCUAUGAUGCAAGCAAGAUUCUAUCUGGAGAUGUUGAUGACUCAAUGGUUUUUCAGUCUACUAAACAUACAGGACCGGUCCAAGCUUUGGACUUCAAUCCCUUUAAAUCAAGCUUGUUGGCAUCAGGAGCUAGUGAUUCUGAGAUCUACAUUUGGGAUUUGACAAACCCUAGUAACCCUUUGACACCAGGAAGUAAAACUCUGCCACCUGAUAACAUCAGUUGUGUGUCAUGGAACAGACAAGUGCAGCACAUCUUGGCCUCAGCAUCUCCCUGCGGCCGUUGUGUUGUUUGGGACUUAAGGAAGAAUGAACCGAUCAUUAAAGUCAGUGAUCAGAGUGCUACAAUUCGAUGUAAGGCUGUUGAAUGGCAUCCAGAUGUAGCAACACAGAUGGUGUUAGCCUCCGAAGAUGACAGAUACCCAGUAAUUCAGAUGUGGGACCUUAGGUUUGCCACAUCUCCCAUGAAAGUGCUGGAAGGCCAUCAGAGGGGAAUCCUGUCAAUAGCCUGGUGUCCUCAGGAUCCCGACUUACUUAUGAGUUGUGCCAAGGACAAUCGCAUUCUGUGUUGGAAUCCAAAUGUGCAAGAAGCAGGAGGAGAGAUUGUUUAUGAGCUACCGACCACAGCUCAGUGGAGUUUUGACGUAGCCUGGUGUCCCAGGAACCCUGCAGUGGUGUGUACCUCAUCAUUUGAUGGGCAUGUCAGUGUGUUUUCUCUUAUGGGAGGAGGUGCUUCUGGCCAAGAUUUCCAUCAACAAAAAGUGAUGAGUGCAUUUGAUGCGGACGACCCAUUCACUUCUCAGAUCCAUCAAGCACAGCAGCAACAGCAGCAGCAGCAGCAACAACAGAGAGCAGCUAGUGCCCCCUUAAAGAAGCCUCCCAAGUGGCUGCGCAGGCCAUGUGGAGCAAAAUUUGCAUUUGGUGGAAAGCUGAUAUCAUUUGGACAUACAAAGGAAUCUCCAAUCAGUCAGGUUUGUUCAAAUGUGUAUUGUCUUUAUGUGAACAUCAGUCAGGUUACAACAGAACAGGAACUUGUGAACAGGUCGUAUGAGUUAGAAGGAGCCUUGGCUUCAGGAAGUUUUAUCCAGUACUGUAAUUCUAAAGUGGAGAGCAGUACACAAGAAUUGGAGAGAACACUUUGGAGUUUCUUGAAGAUUAACUUUGAGAGAGAACCUAGGAGACAUUUCUUAACUCUUCUUGGAUAUGAUCCAAUGGAACUAUCUAAAAAGGUUGCAUCUUCGCACACUUCUUCAGCUUCAAGCAGUAGCCAAGGAGGUGUCAAUGCCGAAGAAUUGGUUCAAAAAAUGAAGCUCUUGACAUCAGGGGAUGCAGGUGGGAAGUCAGGGGAAGGUGUCUUUUCGAGUGGAGCAAGUACACCCUCAGUAGCUGAAUCUAAGACUCCUUUGUCAGAUGCUGGUAGCCUCAGUGAGGGCGCUGCAGCCUUUGAUGUCAUUGCAGCUGGAGGGCCUUUAUCUAUUGACACAGGGAGUGAUCUAGGUCUUGGUGAACCUGUGAAACCACACUUGCCUUUCAACAUACCCACAGAUGAUGAUACUGAUGGUCUCAUCACACAAGCCCUGCUAACUGGCAAUUUUGAAGCAGCAGUAGAUGUUUGUCUUCAUGCUGAUAGAAUGGCUGAUGCUUUCCUUCUUGCUAUUGCUGGUGGUCCAGAUCUCUUGGCGAGAAUACAGACAAGAUACUUUGAGAAGAGCAAGAGUAAUGUGGCAAGGCUCAUGUCAGUUGUAGUGAAUCGUGACUGGCGUGACAUUGUUGAAAGCUGUGUCCUGGAGAACUGGAGGGAAGCCCUUGCGGCACUGGUGACAUAUGCCAAGGCAGAAGAGUUCACUGCCCUGUGUGAUCUACUGGGGCAGAGGCUUGAGCAGGAAGGUGAUGAACAUUGUUCUAAUGCCAUGGUUUGCUACAUCUGUGCUGGAAAUGUCGAGAAGUUUGUAUCCUGUUGGUCUAGGAACAUGCCAGCUGAGCCCUCACCUCUGGCCCUGCAAGAACUGGUUGAAAAAGUAAUGAUCCUAAAGAAGGCUGUAGAAAGGGAACGUCGACUGCUGAUUGAUAGUGGUUCAUCUGUUUUGGCUGAAAAACUCAGUAAAUAUGCAGAGAUUUUGGCAGCUCAGGGCUGUUUGGACACUGCUAUGGGAUACUUGAUGGCUGUGAAUGACCAGGCAAGUCUUGGAGUUCUCAAGGAUCGCCUGUACAAUGCACAGUUUCCAAGCCAUGUUGCAUCUGCUACAGCUCCACCACCAUUCCCAUUCCAAAGGAUUGAUGUUCAAGCUGAACCUCUUCCUCAGGCUCAAACUCAAACUCAGUUUCAACAACAGCCAGGCUAUGGUGUCCCUUCACAACAACAGCAACCACAGCAAACACACUACCAGCCACAUCAAAGACCGCAGCCUUCCCCAACAGCACCCAGUCCUGCUUAUCAACCCUCUAUACCUCCACCUCAAACACAGUUCUACAACCCAGCAGCUUACCAGCCACAGGCACCCCAACCAUCACCCCUCUCUCAGCUGUCUUUCAAUCAGGCAGCUCCUACCCAGACAUCUUACUACAGUGGCCCAUCACAGCCAUCACCUACUGCUAACCAGCCUUCGUGGUCCCAACCUCCCCCAGUGUCAAUGUAUCAACCUCAGCCCUCCAACACUGUGCCAACACAGGUAUCAGCUCCUGGACAGUAUGGUGCUCAUAUGCAGAUGAAAGGGCAGCAGCCUGUAGUGCAGAUUUUUAAUCCAGGAAGUUUGGUCACUCCUGGGGCACCUUAUUCUGGUUCUUCUCCUACUGGGGCUCCUUCAGUUGGGCCUCCACCACCAGGACCUGCAGUGCCCCCUCCAUCAGGCCCUCCACCAACUGAACCACCACCACUCACAGGUGCCUGGAAGGACACUCACAUGAUGAGAGGCAAGAAACAGCAGACUCCAGCUUUCACCCCUCCAGCUCCUAUCACUGCUCCACUGUUUGGAGCAGGAGACCAGCAGCAGCCACAGCCACAGCAACACCAACAACAGCAACCUUCUCCAGUUGGAAUGCCGCAAGGUGUACCCCCUGCACCAGGUGUGCCUCCUAUGAUGCCUCCGGGGGGUGGUCCACCAGGCGCACCUCCAAGUUAUGGGGAUGCUACUCCUCAGCAACGUGCUCAGGUACAUGAUGACUCCCCCCCGCCAUCACCGCAUGCCACCUUGCCACAUCCAUAUCAUGUAAUAACUGCACAGGAGCCACCUCCUCCAGUCAUGAAAGGCCCCAUCCCAUCUGAGCACCUGGUACUUCAAGAAACUUUCAAUGGGUUGGCUGAGAGGUGUAAAAACACUGCCAAUAAUCCGCAUACAAAGCGUAAAUUGGACGAUGUCUCGAAGCGACUGGAAGCACUUUAUGACAAACUCAGAGAUCAAAAGAUGUCAAAUCCCAUUUUAGAGGGCCUUCAUGAAAUAGCGCAGGCAUGUCAAGGAUCAGAUUAUCCUCGUGGCCUGAUGGCUCACACUAGGCUUAUAUCCAGCGGUAGUUUCUCGGAGAUUAGCACGUUUAUGCCAGGACUCAAGUCUCUGAUGCAAAUUGCCACUCAGUUGCGGAUUUGAUGAUGGUAACUGUUUAGCUGCCGAGAAGAAACUGUUUUGACACCAAGGACAUUUUAUGGAAGAGUUGGCGCACUUGCCUGAUCUUGGCAUGUUUGAGACUGAAGUUGCCUUCAACUGGACGUUGUGUCGUCUGUGUUGAAGUAGUUUUAAAAUUAUUUUUUCAAUUCCCACAGCCCUGUUUUCGGGGUUUUUGAUUCGAGGAUGUGAACAGGAAGGAAGAAGCUUGCAAUGGCAGACAAUUAUUUGGUUUGUCGUGACCAAUAAUCAAUCAAACGAGAGAACUGAGAAAUGUUUUAACCUUGACCUCUGGUCUGUGAAACGGGCCAUGAGAAAGAACCAACACUUGAAAUUAUAAGAAUAUUUUCACUUUUUUCUGGCACGGUCAAUCGUGUUAUGCAUCGAGGGAGUUUGUAAUCUGAUUUGACAAAGAAAAAGAUAUAGUUGUAAUACUGUUUCGUUGAUAACAUCGGCCAUGAGUGAGGCCGUGUAAGAUUUGACGAAGAAAACCGAAAAAAAAAAAGACACAUGAUCAGAGACAAUCUUAUCUUACACUUGUUGCGAAAAUUGUUCGGAGGAAGAGCACGGAUUGUUUUUCGAAACAGCAACAACAACAACCUUUAUUGUACUCGUUCUUGUAAAUUAAAGCACUUCUUGAGAGCG